UUUUAAAAAAAAAAAAAUGUUUAUCAAUAGAUUAUAUUCCAAUUCUAUAUUAAUAAAACUUUUAAAUAAUCAUCCUCGUAAUUUAUUUAAUGUAAUCAAUAAUUAUAAAAAUCCAACAUUUCAACUUAUAAAUCAUCCUUCAAUUAAUGUUAUUCCAAAUAGGACAUACGCUAGUGCUACCAAAAAAUCAAUUACUGUGACUUUAUUAAAACCACCAAAAAAAACAGAACCCGUAGAAUUAACACAAGGAAAAUUUAAAACUUAUACCCCACGUACACCAGGUCUUCGUUGGUUAAAAAGACCCGUAAACGAUCAUUUAUGGAAAGGAAAACCAAUUCGUAAACUUACUGUACCUAAAAAGAAAAAUUCUGGUAGAAAUCAUCAUGGUUGUAUUACUGUAAGGCAUCAAGGAGGAGGUCAUAAAAGACGUAUUCGUGUAAUUGAUUUUUAUAGAUGGGAUCCUUCACCUCAUGAAGUUAUUCGUAUUGAAUAUGAUCCAAAUCGUUCCGCUCAUUUGGCUUUGUUACGAAAUACAAUCAAUGAGACAUAUUCUUAUAUUAUUGCUCCAUACAAUCUUCAACCUGGUACUAUUGUAAGAUCAUUUCGUCGAUCUUCAAAUAAUGAAAGUGUUCAAAAUUUUCAAGAUUCUGAGAUAACAAAAGUUAUACCUAUAGAAAAAGGUAAUUGUAUGCCAUUAAAAUUAAUUCCGGUUGGGACUACAAUAAGUUGUAUUGGGUUAAAACCUGAUGGUCCUGCAAUAUUAUGUCGUUCGGCUGGAGUUUCUGCUCAAUUGGUUCGUACAGGUGAGAAAGGUUAUGCUCAAGUAAAAUUAAAAAGUAGUGAAGUUAGGUUGAUACAUGUGGAUUGUUGUGCCACGAUUGGAACUAUUUCAAAUCCUGAUCAUCAACAUGCUACUUUAGGAAAAGCAGGUAGAAGUAGAUGGUUAGGUGUUAGACCAACUGUUAGAGGUGUUGCGAUGAAUGCUGUUGAUCAUCCUCAUGGUGGUGGAAGAGGUAAAAGUAAAGGAAAUAGGCAUCCUGUAAGUCCUUGGGGUGUUUUAGCUAAGGGUGGUAAAACCAGAAAGAAACCAAAUAAAUGGGUUAUUAAACCUAGACCGAGAAGAUAAAAUAAAAUAUCGAUUUUUUCAAGUUGUAUGAUUGAAUUGUUAUAUGAUUAAUAAAAUCAAAUUGUAUUUCAAAUC